AUGGCCGCCCGGCGCGGGCCCCACGUCAUCAAGCUUCACGAUCCCAAUCCGCCCCUCCUCGGCCGGGCGCCAGGUCCCGCGGCGGCCGCCGUCCCCGCGCCCUCGCGAGACGAGGCCAUCCUCGCGCAGCACCCGCUCGCCGCGCACCCCGCCUUUGCACUCAUCGAGGAGCGCCUCGUCGCCCGGGACCAGGACAUCCAGGAGCUCCUCGUCGACAACCAGCGGGCGCGCGCCGAGCGGGAGGGCGAGGUGCGUGCCCUCGCCGACCAGGCGGCGCACAUCGAGGCCGAGGCGCGGGCCGUCGCCGCCGCGCGCGCGGAGGUCGACCAGGUCCACGCCGACGUCCAGGUGCUCGCCGCAGUGCGCACCGACCUCGUCAACCGGCUCCAGGGCCUACGGGAGAAUCUCGCGCACAAGAAGGCUGAGGCGAGUAAGACUGAUUCCGUCCGUGCCCAGAUUGAAACCAUGCGCCGGGAGAUCCAGAAGGGCAGAGCUGCGGUUGAUUUCGAAAAGAAGGCACACUCUGAUAACCUCGAACAAAGUAAAGCAAUGGAGAAAAAUAUGAUUGCUGUGGCUAGUGAGAUUGAGAGGCUUCGAGGAGAGCUUGCAAAUGCUGAAAAAGGGGCCACCGCUGUCAACCCAGCAGCAGCUGUUGGUAACUCUGGGUAUGCUGCGGCUUAUGGCAAUUCUGAGCCAACAUAUACUGGAAUGUAUGGCAAUCCUGAUGCAUAUAUACUGCACAGGCUUAUCCUGAUGCUUAUAGCACUAAUCAGGCUCACAUGCACACCGGCGCCAAUUCUCAUUACAUGA